AUGAGGUUCUUCAAGAAGGAUAAGGACAAGAAGAAGCAGCACGUGCAGAGUCACUCUCAGUCCCACGACAUUGCCGACCACCAGCUGUCCAAGUACUCCAACCAGGUCCAGCAGAACUUCCGCAACAACACCUCGCCUCUCUACUUACCAAGCCGCGCCUCCACCUUCCUCCUCGAAAAUUUGCCAAAGGAUAUUCUUCCGCGCAUAUUCGCCUUCGUCUGCCCGCACACCCAAGAUGAGACCUACGAGACCUGCGAAACGAGCGCCAUCUUCGACGCCUGCAUGCUAUGCGACUUGAGAGAUCUCGCCAGCUGCGCACGGGUCAGUUGGAAAUGGAACUCAGUCGCCAACGCCGCCUUGUAUCACAGCAUUCGAAUCGACGCCGUUCACUACUGCCCCCGCGAAAUCUACCUUUCUGAGCAGCGGAAGCGGAAAACCUUCUUCAAGCGCAAUGCCGACCCCGAAGAUACCCCAACUGUUCGCCUGAAGUUGCUCUGUCGGACGCUGCGUGAAGACCCCACCCGGUUUGGCUCGAGAGUUCGAUACUUCAAGGUGCCCUACAUGCUCCGUGAGGCUGCCACGGCAGAUCUGGCCCGCAUCAUCCACGUGCUCCCGAAUCUUCUCUAUGUCGACCUCCCCGAGGGUCUUUUCUCCGACGAGCACGGCUAUGCAACCCUUCGACUUGAAGUCGAGGCUAGAUGCCGCGACAUCCGAAAGAUGUCAUACCAUGGAGGCUCCGAGAGCAGCUUGUCCAAGCUGGCCAAUGGCGGUAUCUGGCAGAAUCUGGAGGUUCUGGAGCUGCACAAGAUCAAUAUGGACCCCUUCGUACUGCGGCAUGCGCUGGCCAAUCUUGGAAAGCUCCGUGCACUCAAGGUGAUGGACUCUCACGCUUUCUCAGACGACGUGUUCUCCCGCAACGAGGACUUGCCUCCAUUCCCGGCCCUGGAGGAGCUGAUCCUCAGCAACACCCCAUCUGUCACCGCCGCGGGUCUGGUCGAGUACUUCAGCCGUCCCGACACUCGCAACAUCCUUACCGUUCUCUCUCUGCUGAACACGGGUGUCCAUCCAGCAACGUUGGCUGAAAUUCUACUUGCGGCCCAGAGCCUACAGACACUUGCAAUUGAGGCUGCGGUGAGCGAGGCCUUCAAGAGCGGACCGAAAACGAGACGGCUUGCGUCAACCUCUCUGGAGUCGCUCCGCUUCGAGAUCACCGCCGCCAAGUCAGCAGGACCUUUCUCCAGUGUGACUGCCAGCUACUACACAUAUCUAGCCGCAUCUCUCAGAGGCAAUGGUAUGCCCAACCUGAGAGAUGUCUACGUUUUGGACGAGUACUUCCAGGACGAGCUCGAGGGCCUGCCGCGGCCCCAAGCACCAUUCUCGUUUGGCGGAAAUGCUAGGCCUAAGUCCUCCCAUUCGGUCACAUCCCACCGGCCCAUGUCGGGCAUGCCCAGCGGCGGCCGCGGCGGCCUUGCUCCUCCCAAUAGCGGUGGUAUGGCAAUUCCCCGGCCCUUUGCUGCGGCCUCCAACGUCCGCGCGUCACAACGUUUUAGCUCGACGAAUCCUUUCGCUGGAACCGGUCCGCUCUCCCAUCCUUUGACCAUCUACUGCAAGGCAGACGACGCCCUCGACUGGUCCUCAGUGAUGCUUCAGCCAACGGCCCCGGUUAGUGGCCAUCGCCGAGGCGGCAGCAUGAGCGCACAUGGCGACCGGCCGAUUAGUUCCUAUGGCCUCGGUGCGGACAUUGCAGGUUCUGGGUGGAACACCGCCGCGGCGAGAAAGAGCGUUAUGGUGGGCAACGGGGCGGGUAUGUUCAUGGCCAUCCCCAGCCAGAGCACAGGCGGAAGCAAGGGAAGUGACGAGGACUACUGGCCGAGACCGAGCACGGCCAACAAUGAGAAGAAGUCUGCGGACUUGUGGCGGUAA